GUUUUGCUGUCAGUUGGCAUCAGUAAUCGUCGGAAAGUUGCAGCUGGCAGUGUGAAAGUGAUAAACAAACGCGAAAUCUUUUGCCAAAAAAUAGUUCUUUUCUUGCAAAAAGCGCCGAAAAUGACCGAUCCGGAUGUUGAGAAAAUGUGCCGCUUGUGUUGCGGGACAAAGGGACGUUUGAGGCCUCUCUUCGAGACACGGGCGGAAAAUGGUCGAUCGUUACCGGACAUCAUCUUCGACAUUUCGCGGCUGCAGGUGGAAGUCAACGACGGUAUGCCGCAAAAGAUUUGCAGAUUGUGCUCCACGACCCUGCUGAAGAUGUACGAAACGGUCGAGAAUUAUCGCAACAACGACCAGAAGCUCCGCCAGCUGUUCCACAAAAAAGCGCCAGUCGAAAUCAAAGAGGAAGAGGUCGACCUGGAUCUUCUGGAAAAUGCCUUCACACAAGAUUUGCAUGUCGAAGAUAUUUCUGUGAAAGAGGAAUACAUGGAAGAAGAGUAUCUGGAAUCAGAGCUACCAAACGACGAAAGUAACGCACUGGAAGGAUCAGAUGAACUAGCUACUUCGGAACUGGCUAAUUUAAAAACUGAUAUCGAAGAAGAGGUGGCAGAAGAUGACGAGGAAUGGAAGCCUGAAAAGCAAGAUAAAGCUGACAAAGAAUCAUCAGUGAAGAAACUUCCUAAGCGAAGAAAGCCUAAAGGCAUUAACACAAGGAAGCCAGGUCGUCCUCGUCUGCGAGGCAUAAGUCCUGACCGUCCACGAAAGUACGAUUACAAGUGUUACAUCUGCAUGAGUGAUUCCCAUGGCACUCCCGAAGCUCUCUUGGCUCAUUUGAAUAGUAGUCAUCUGGAUCUGCUGCCGUUCACUUGUCCGGAAUGUGUCAUGGAAAAGGUGGUCAUCAAAACCGCACUGGCUUUGAAUAGUCACAAGAAGCAACAUUUAAAUCCAGUGAAAUGUCCCUAUUGCGAUAAGCGAUACACUCAUAACAAUAAUCUCGCUAUGCACGUGCAACUUCAUCACUCAGAAGACAAGUCGCAACUUUCUCAGACAUGCCAACAUUGUGGAGAGGUGUUUCCUUCGAAAUCCUCACUCUUCCAUCACAUGAAACUACACACAACUGCAGUAAGUUGUGAAAUUUGCGGUAAGGUCUUCAAGGAACGAAGCAAACUAAAAAGGCACAUCGAGAACCGACACGAAAAACUUCGGAAAUACGAGUGCCACAUCUGCAAAAAGAAGCUCUCCUCGAUUCAUAGUGUCCAAAUUCACGUUAAAACGUUCCAUUGUGAUAAGGCAUUCAAAUGCAGUUACUGUCCGAGGAUGUUUGGCUCGGAGUUAAUUCACCGUAACCAUGAGAAGAUACACCUCGAUAAUCCCGACUAUGAACCCAAAAACGACUGGAAGGAAUACUAUACCGUGGUUGAUAAAGGCACCAAACUGAGAAAAUGCAACCUCUGCGGGCUGAUUACCAGAGCCAUUGGGAUCCACUUGGGUAAAGUCCACUUUCCAACCGAUCACAAGUGCAAGAUUUGUGGUAUGACCUUCAAAAGCAAACAAUCCUGCACAGUGCACGAGCAGAAACACGAUAGCAAUAAUGCGGUUCAGUGUCCGAUUUGCGAUAAGGAGUUCGCCGAAAGGAAGCUCCUGAUCUGUCAUCUUCGGACCAAGAAGCAUCAGGAUCAUCCGUUGGCGUUGCAACUGCUCAGUACGGUCAGGACACCAAAUUCGGGCCAGUCGGUGAAAACAGAAGAUGAUGUGGAUGUGGAUGAUGUGUAGACCAUUGGAUACCUGUGGAACGAAUAUGAAAAAAAAAACAUAAUUUUGCAUAAGGCUGCUAAUACUUAUGACACUCUUGUGGUAUUAGUAUUGUGGUACCGUUACCAUCUGGGAAUAUGUUUCAUUUAAUUGUUUUAGUUACUCUUGAUCGCCUUAGAAUUCUUAUCUUGGUACCUUGUAGUAUGUUUCAGUGGCAAAUUCGCCAUUAUAUUAAGGCAAAUAAUAAUAACUUGUAUUAAUAGUAUUCAUACAACAUGUUUGCCACAAACCGUUUCUUUAAAGUGAUGACGUCAUAAAAGAACUGUUACACACACCA